AUGAGAGCAACUGUUCAAUGGAAUCGCCGUCAAACUUUAAAUGGUUCAUACAAUGUUUGGAUCAAGAGACAGUCUUCUACUUCAUCUAAAGAAGAACCAGUAACCAUCUAUACUGGACCCCUGGCCAAUGUAGCCAAAAAGCUCAAGUUGUUCUCAAUCACCUCACUUGGCCUUGGCACUGGGAUCUCUCCUUUUGUUUUUGCUAUUGAUGUUCCAGUACCUUUUGUAGCCAAAGCUGCUCUUGUUGGCGCAGCUGUGGCUACUAGUGCUGCUUCUACUGGUUUGAUUCAAUGGGUCAUGUCGCCCUAUGUCACAAAAAUCACUGUGCCUCAUCAACUCAAAGAAGGCGAAUUACCCAAGGAAUUGACUAUCCAUACACUCUCAUUCACAGCAAAAGAUCAUGCUACCACUGUACCUCUAGAUACGAUUGAGCCUGCUACUCGUAUCUUUACAAGCUGGAUGAUCAAUGAUCUCUCCCUUGCUAAGGGACGUAUUGGACAAAAAGAAGCAAAACCAAAGGCAUUAUUAUAUGUUCACCCUGAACUAUGUGAAGAAGAGGGCAUUAUGAAGAACAUUGUAGAAAAGACAGGCAUUGGAAAAGGAUUUUAA